CUGUCACUAGCAGUUGUGGAAGAGGCAAAAGCAGAUAAAAGCAUAACUUUUCGAAAAAUCUUAACACCUACAUAUAAGCUUAAAUUAGUUUCAAGAAUGAAGUGUUUUGCCGUGAGAGUCAUAAUUGUAAUUUCAAUAGUUUUCGCAACUUAUGCAGCCGUGGGGACGCGUCAGUAUGGGGAAAAUUGUGUGAACAGUCUCAUAGCCGGGUUGGGUUUUGGGAAGGAAAGUGAGACAUGCAAUUGGGACAACAAUUUGGUCUGUCUGGGGUCCAAGUGUGCCUGUAAUCCGGCCGGAUUUGUGUAUCAGAACGGACUUCUCGGCGUCGACGUGCUCGGUGGGGGUUGCCGACUUCGUGCAAAUUUUCCCUGUUCUUUCUCUAAAACGGCGUGUGUCGUAAAUUCAAAGUGCAACACGGUCUGCCUUUGUGACACUGGGUAUCAGAUGGACAGAUUUGGAAAGUGCGUGUCUGCCGGUGGGGACGGGAUAGAUAUCAAUAUUAAUGUUCUCAGCGGAAGUAAAGUUUAAUAAAAAUUAGUAAAUUUUUUUUAAAGUUUCAAUCGUCUUUUUAUCUUUGAAAAUUAGUAGGAAUUAACUCGUAAGCUCGGUAAUUAUGGCAAGCUUUACUUCGUUUUUCACUUUUGUUAUCGAAUUAUGCAAAUUUUAAUAAGUGAAUUUUUAAAACAAAUUUGAACUGAAAGUUAUUAUUUGUAACAAUUUUGACCAAGUAAUUUUGAAACCGUGGAAAUGUGGCUAUUUAAACAUCAAACUGUACAAUUUAGUAAUAAUUUAGAUAAUAAUUUUACCGUAAAUAUAAACAAGAGUACUAAAAUUGACGAUAUUUUAAAAUACAAGUAAUUGAACCCCCUAAUGAGUAAAUACCACCAAAACAAUUAUUCAAUUAUCAAUAGUGAUACUAAUUGGCAAAUUAUGCUCCCGAAUAAACGCCUGAAAAUUG